UUCCGCCCGCGAGCGGAAAUGCAAGAUCCUGCGAACAUGGCGGCGUCGAAGGUGAAGCAGGACAUGCCCCCUCCCGGGGGCUACGGCCCCAUCGACUACAAGCGGAACCUUCCGCGUCGGGGACUGUCGGGCUACAGCAUGUUUGCUGUGGGCAUUGGGACCUUGCUCUUCGGGUACUGGAGCAUGGUGAAGUGGAACCGGGAACGCAGGCGCCUACAGAUUGAGGACUUUGAGGCCCGAAUUGCACUGAUGCCGCUGUUUCAGGCAGAGAAGGACCGGAGGGUCCUGCGGAUGCUCCGGGAGAACCUGGAGGAGGAGGCCAUCAUCAUGAAGGAUGUGCCUGACUGGAAGGUGGGCGAGUCCAUGUUCCACACAACGCGGUGGGUUAACCCUAUAAUGGGUGAGCUGUACGGGAUGCGCCCCAACGAUGAGAUUGUCAAUGCCACCUACGGCUUUAUAUGGUACACGUAGAGCCUGCACCCCUUGGAUGUCUGCACCCUAACCCCUCCCUACCAGAAGAGAAUAAAGACUCUGGAGACCACC